CAACAGUGAGCAGUUAACGCAGUUAAAAAAACAGGAAGUUUAAAUUAUAGGGCAUAGUUUAAGGAAGCUAUAAAAUUACUAAUAGUAGUAUUUAAGUAACUGUUGACAGUUGAAAACGGAUCUUUGAAGACUGAAGUAAAGGAAGUCUUGGCCACCCGAAAUCUAUUACUACUAUUACAUUAAAAGGCUACCAAAUAAGUUGUUUAAAAAAAUCAUUGUCAUUGUUAGUAAUACCAAUUAUUAACUAAAAUACUAUAAACUACAAAUAGACUACAAUUUACUUUUACAAAUCUCACUUAUUCAUACUGUCAUACUUCUUACAAGUUACUACAAUUGCAUUUAGUUAUGAAUCAUUGUCAUAGUUAUUUAUAGUGUAACAUAGCCGCCAAGUUUUCUAGGUUUAAGUUUAGGCUAAAUUGAUUUGUAAUUUUGGCAACCUCUUACUCUUAUUGUUUGUUUCAUUCUCAUUUUAAAAAAAAUUACACUUGUUUCAGAAUUAUUAUUAAAUGGUUUUGGUAAGUCAAAUAGGCCUGUCCUCUUAUUGAGAGUUUCUACACAUACAAGCCAUGGCGUGGAUAGCUUAAUUUGACCAAACAUAAUAUUAAACAUAACAAAUUGUACAAUAUCAAGUACUCAUUGUCGGGUGCAUCUUUUUUUUCUUCUUUUGUUAGUAUUUGUAUGUUAGGUCUAAAUGUAUUAAAAUGAUUAAUACAUCAUUAUCAGUCCCUUACUGUCACUGACUGACAGAUGUGAGACUAGACCCCUAGCUAGCCAUCCCAGCUGCACCCCUACUGCCUACUGUUACUGAUUGACAGUUGUGAGAUUAGACCACUAGCUAGCUAUCCUAGCUAGGGGCUAGUCCCUAACUAAUUUGCUGAGAGCUUGAUGACUUGAUGAGCUAGAAAUAAUUCAAGUAUAUUAACCUAUUCACUUGUAAAGGGCCUAGGCCUAGGCCUAUCUAUUAGAGAAUUAGAGUAUAUUAUACUGUUUAUAGCAGGGUGGAAUGUUUCUUGAACAAAGUGAGGCAGAAAUUCAUAAUACAAAUUCAUCCAUAACUGUAACAAAGCUUUUAAAAAUAUUAAGAUGAAUACCCAUACAUUUUUGUUAAUCUUUUUGUGUAUUUCAGAUUUUAAAACAUGACGCUAAUGGAAUUUUUCGGUUGCACUUUCAUUUCCUUUGGACCUCCAUUCGCACUAUUUCUUUUUACAAUUGCAAGGGAUCCAAUGCGUAUCAUUGUCUUAAUAGCUAGGUUCGUUUAUUAAAUAUUUAAAUAGAGUUUUUAUUAAAUGAAACAAGUAGUUUUAGCUUUCUGAUUUCAGAUAAGCAUUUUUAUAUUAAGGAUUUUAUUUUAAGAUACUUAUGAAAAUGCUGCAAACAUUAUUUUAAUAUCAAUUUGAAUGAAAUACUAAAAUUACCAAUAAGUGCCAUCUUGAGUUUGUGCAUAGUAGAUUAUUGGUUGGUAAGGGAGAUAUCAGCUGAUCUGAUUGCUAGGUUGGGUUAACUAUGUUUCUUUACUAUUUUUGUAGAAACGUUAGUGUUAAUGAAAUUUUCUUUUGAUCUCUUGAUAUCUAUUACACAGUGCAUUUUUCUGGCUGAUAGCCUUGCUGUUGUCUUCUAUACUGUGGUACGCUGUUGUACCAUUGAGAGAAACACUAGCAUUCGGCUUAGUCUUCUCCGUCCUGAUUCAGGAGGCAUUUCGGUUUCUCUUCUACAAAACAAUAAGGUAAUUUAUUGAAUUUAUUGGGGGUUUUUUGUACGGGUAAUUUUGUCAUUUUAAAAGCUAAAGAUAAAUUCAUUUUGUUAAAUAUCCUAACUAAAAUAAUGUUGCAGUGCUUUCAAAGACUCAUGUUAUGGCUUAUGGUAAAGUAUAGAGCCACCGUUUUUGUCAUUGAACUCAUUACCUUUGUCACUGACAAAUUAAAUAAAUAAAUAUUUAAGUUAAAAAUAUGCAUGUGGACUAACUGAUAACUAUCUCUUCACCACAGACUGGCUGAUGAGGGUUUGCUGAAAGUAACUCAACAGAAUGAAGACCAACACGUGACACCAAAAGACAUUUCAAACAAGAACAUCAUGGCUUAUGGUAAUCUGUGCCCAGGCUGUUUAAUUUAAGUUACAUUUACAUACACAUUUUAGCAUGAUGGGUGUUGAGAGAUGAGACCCUCUGUAAAACUGGAAAGGUUCUUGAACCUUCAGUUAAUUUGGGUUUGUUUUUUUUUGUCUUGCUGAAGAAAGAUGAGUGAAAACCGGACAAGCAAUGGAACAAACUGAAGAAGGCUUCACAAAAGACAGCAUUUAGGAGUGAUGUGAUUGGGUGUCCAGGGAGUUUUAAAGACACUUUAGAAUAAUGCAAUUCACCAAAAAGUCUAGAGCAGUAAAAAAAAAAAAGUGUGCUCUGCUAUUUCUUCAUGGCAGUUAAAAUUACUGUUUUGAUUAAUUUGAAUUUGCGAUCUAUAUAUAAAUACUGGAUUGGGAUGCUUCACAAAAAGUUAUUAUUUCUUUUUCUUUAUAUCAUGGGUGGUGGGGGUUUGUGUGUUGGGUAAGUGUAGUCGGUCGAUGGCUAAUCCUUCGCAAAGGUGACUGACUUUAGCCUUUCCAAUUCAGUGGCUGAAGUUUCUUCUUCAGCUUUCAUGUCCUCCGAAAGAAUAACAGCCUGGCUGGGGCAAAAUGCGGACAUUGUUAUGGGUGAAAUGAUACAACAAAGUUUUUGUUCGGACAUUGUUAUGGGUGAAAUGAUACAACAAAGUUUUUGUUCGGACAUUGUUAUGGGUGAAAUGAUACAACAAAGUUUUUGUUCGGACAUUGUUAUGGGUGAAAUGAUACAACAAAGUUUUUGUUUUUAAACAGAUUAUGCAAAGCUUUUCUAAUCGUUAUCAAACAGCUCUUUACUGUAAAAAAAACAAACAAAAAAAAAACAAAAAAAAAAUAACAACUGAUACAAAUUGGUAACAUUUUAAAAUAAUGUUGCAGAGCUUUCAAAGACUCAUGUUAUGGCUUAUGGUAAAGUAUAGAGCCACCGUUUUUGUCAUUGAACUCAUUACCUUUGUCACUGACAAAUUUUGUUUGCUCUGAAGUUAACCCUGGCAGUUGCAACAAGUUAAAGACUUCGUGCACAUCUCAAUAUUGAAAUGUUACAGAUUUGUUCACUUAUGAUGACAGACUAUAAUCAGCAUCUAAAUUACAUUGCAGCAAAGUCCACUAUACCCAACUGAUGCUGCACAUUGUAGAUCACCAUCAUUAUUAUUGAUAGUAUAAAACCCUGAUUGGGUGUUAGCCAUUACUAUUGGAUUGGUUCUGGUUUUUUUUUUUUGCUCAACAUUUUUAAAAACAUUUCUUUAAAAAUCGUUUCAUUUAUUAUUUCUUUGAUUUCUUUCAAUUUUGUUUUUUAAAGUUUGGAUAAAUUCUGUUGACUGUUUAAGUAUUAUUUCCCUAAGUAUAUAGAGCAGUCAUCUAUACAAGGCAGUAAAUUAAAAGAUGUAUGGUUUUCAAUUUCAAUGUUUGAGGAUCAAUAAGUCCAUUAAUUAUCCUGUGAAAUAUCUUUGAUUUGAGAAACAAAUUGCUAUUUACUUUUAUCAUUACCAUUCAUUAUGCAGACUUAAUUUCCUAAUUUUAAAGUGAGCUUUAACGGUUAUUUAAAGUUUUAUGCUUUAAGAUUAUAGGACCAUCAAAGGGGCUUUGCUUUAACUUUUGAUGUGUAUUUCAGUCUCAGGCCUUGGGUUUGGACUAAUUGCUGGGGCUUUCUCCAUGAUCAACCUACUGGCAGAUAUGUCUGGCCCUGGGACCAUUGGAAUCCUGGGAGACUCCAAGUUCUUCUUUUGGGCCUCUGGUAAUGAAAACAAAGUUUCAUAAUUGAUAUUUUGUACUUAAAAAAAAAAACUUUAAAAAAAGAAGAUUAUUUAGAGACUUUCAAAACAAGGAGGCAGAUAUGGCUGCCUAUAUAGGUCUAUAAAUAGGUCUCUGACUUCAACUGAUUUUUGGGUGAGGUAGACUCCAUUGCUCAUGUGUUCAUAAGCUAUGCUGAUGUUUUCAUGACCCAUGCUGAUGUGUUCAUGAGCCCAUGCUGUAUAAAAAUAUAAACAAAUCUGUGAGUGGGCUUAAUUGAAUUUUAACAAGGACCUGAAUUUAUUAAUUAAAUUAACAUACUAAAUUAGUGAUAUAUUAAAUUUGAAUAAAAAAUAGUUUAAAACAAAAUAACUAAAAAUAGAAAUCCUCUUGAUAUAAGUAUGUAUUGUGGGGGUGGGGGGUGAUCCUCUUAUCUGUUAUUAUAAUGAGUCCAGGGUGGGGGUGUGGUUGGAUUAGUUGAUUUAAAGAUGGCAGCACAUGGGAGGGGGAAAUGUGUUUCUAUGCCAUAGUAUAAAGUUUGAGAUGAUUUGAUUUUGUGUGUGACACUUAUUCUAAAUAACUACUUUUACCCACUAACUUUUGCAUAGGUGGGAUGGGAAUGGCUGAACAUGCAUUUUGAGUUCCUUUGGUGCAGCUAAUAUAUGAAUGGUCCAAUGUUAUGAAUGGUGUAAAUAAUGAUAUAUAUAUAGUACCAGUACCGUACAUAUUUGACCUAAAUUUUUUUGCUGUUAUAUAUUAAUAUUACUGUUGUAUUUUAGUUUGUUUUUGAUGUACUAUUUAAAUAUAAUCGUAUGCUUAUUCCCAGCAUUCAUGACACUGUGCUUCAUCCUGCUACACACCGCCUGGGGAGUCAUUUUCUUUGCUGCCCUUGACAAUAAAAAUUACAUAAGAGUUGCCCUGGUGGUAGCGGCCCAUAUGCUGAUUUCAUGUUUGGUAAUUCCUUUUUUUUAAAAAUCCAUCUGUAAACUGAAGAAAUAACAACUUGCUUUGUUCUUGGAUAAUUCUAAGAACAAUUGGUCUAGGACUAAUUUGUAGGCCACUGGCUCUACUGAAUAUCAGGCAGAGGGUUAGAAAGUUGAAAAAUUGUACAAAUGAAAAAUAUAAAUAGGGUAACAGAGCCAGUGAGAGAGCAAAGUAAAAAGAUUGCAGAUUUGCUUACAGGUAAAUGUAAAAAAAAAUGUUUGCAAAUUCGCCCCUCCCCCCCCCAGAAUAGAAAGCAAUGAAAUUAUUCAAAUGCAAAAUUAUUUUUGUUUUUAAACCAACUCUGUUAAUAAAUAUUGAAAAAGCUGUGGACCUUUAAUAAAUAUUGAAAAAAGCUGUAGACCUUAACUUGCAUUUUAAGAUAACCUGUAUUAAAAAAUCAACUCAAAUUGUAAUGAUUUUCAAAUGUAUGUUAAUCUCAAUCUUUUACGCUUGAAUCAAUCAAAUUGGCGAAUGUAAUGAUUUUCAAAUGUAUGUUAACUCUCACAUGUUUUUUGCUAAAACUAAAAAAUAAUGAAUUUUUCCUAAAUUUUCAGACAUUACUGAACCAGCAAAGUGAUUUUUCCAAUUCUGCAAUCUAUCUUUCCAACAUCAUCCCAGCAUACAUCAUUCUCAUCAUAUCUGGCUGUGCUGCAUUCAUCACAGCCGGGGGCAGUCUGAACAACAUUAAGGCAGCACUGGUUUGUCAAAAAGGAAGAUAUCAGAUAGACUGAACUUAAUACAAUUGCAUUAAAAAGGAGGGGGGGCGGGGGGGGUAAUAGAAUGUUUUAGUUUUAAUGUUUGUUCCUUUGAAGAAAAUUAAAUUCGCUAAUUAAAUCUAAAUUGCUAUCAAAUUUAUCACCCGAGUUUAUUUUUAACAGUAUUCAAUAUUUAUCUCUAAAAGAACUAAUAAUAUGACAAAUACUGGACUUAAAAAAGGCUAUCUAUAUAUAUCCAUUUAGAUGAAACAUUUAAAUAUUCAUGAAUUUUUGUUCCAGGCAUGGAUAUUAAGGGGGUUAAUACUUUUUUUUUUAACAAAAGGAUCAAUUUAUGCUAUUUGUGUUUGAAAUCGUCAAUGUAAAUAAUUGUGUAAUUCAUUGUGUGCACACAAUGGUUGGAUAAUUUCAGUGUAAAUAUUUUAUUUUUGUCAUUGAAUGAAUUUGAUUUAUGAAGCACAUCAUGUAUUUUUACUGCAAUGCAAAUUUAAUAAACAAGUUUGAAAAAAAACCAACAAUUUCCUGCAUUUCCAUUUAAAAGUAUUUGGUUUGCAUGCAUUAGACUAGGCAGGACGAGAGUUGUUGGGCAGCACUUCCACAGGACUUAUUGCUUUGCUCUGAAGUGUCAUUAACCCAG